AGUUCAGUGGCAUCAACAAGACACACGCAGAUCCGUGUUCUCUGGGGGGGACUGACAUUAACUCACACAUAAUCAAGACCCUUGAGACAUCGCACAGCUCUUUUAGACAGCAGAGGGGAAGAGCGUCGCUGCUGCUCAGGGACCUGGUGUAUAUUUACAGCAGUUUUCCAGCAGGUGUUACUGAAGGAUCUAUCACAGACUAUCAGCAGGGUUCAUGAAACUUUGCUACGAUUUGCGAGCUGGGGCUGCCAUACAUAAUGUUAAGGUAAAGCCUAAAGCAGCUGUGUUGAACAUGCUAAAGCGACUGGACAAAAUAAGAUUCCGUGGUCCAAAGCGAGAUGACUUCCUGGAUCUACCCGAGUCCCCCACGGGAUCGGACACUGAAUGUAGUGAUGACAUACUGCUGAGAACUCGACAUUCAAUACGAGACAGUGACGAGCAGAGAGACCCUGCUGGUUUGGGGACUUUGUCUGUCAUGCAAGACCUGAGGAGCGAAUCGGAACGUCUCAAUGAGAUCAAGGGUCAUUUGGAAAUUGCCUUACUGGAGAAACACUUCCUACAGGAGGAACUGCGGAAGCUCCGAGAAGAAACGAAUGUGGAGACCCUUAAGCAGGAGUUGGAGAGAGAACGCAGCAGAAGACUUGACCUGGAACAGAAGAUGGGUGAUGUGCUGAAGACCAGGUGUGAAGAUUCUCCACCUCAGCCUCCACAGAAGCAGCAGCCACCUGCAGCUAACGGCACAGACAAACAGCAGAAAGAGACGGUGUGUUCGCGGCUGCAGAGCUGGCUGUAUGAUCGGUUCGGGGUUUAUAUAGAGGAUUUUCGCUUCCAGCCUGAGGAGAACACGGUUGAGGCUGAGGAGCCACUAAGUGCUAAAAGUAAACAUCUGCCCCCCUGUGGCCAGGAUGCUUUUAGUCAGAAUAAGCCAAGUUUAGUGGCAGAGAAGAGAUCUUCAAAAGGGCUUCUGUCACAGAUUUAUAUGAAUGCAGCAUGGCAUGGCUGGGCUAUUCCUUUGUUUCUAUUCUUAGCCAUUCUGAGGUUGUCAUUGAACUACCUCAUAGCCAGAGGAUGGAGAAUUCAGUGGAGUAUUGUGCCUGAAGUUUCUGAACCUGUGGAACCUUCAAAGGAAGAUCUAACUGUGUCUGAAAAGUUUCAGUUGGUUCUCGAUGUUGCACAAAAAGCACAGAAUCUUUUUGGUAAGAUGGCAGAUGUUUUGGAGAAAAUCAAAAAUUUGUUCAUGUGGGUUCAGCCUGAGAUCACUCAGAAAUUGUACAUCGCUCUGUGGGUGGCCUUCAUCUCCUCUUGUGUCCUUCCCUACAAGCUGAUGGGUUUCAUGAUCGGGCUUUACGUGGGCAUCAAGUUCUUUAUUAUAGACUUUCUGUUUAAGAGCUGCCCAAAACUCAGAGACAAAUACGACACUCCGUAUAUCAUGUGGAACAAUCUGCCCACCGACCCUCAGCUGAAAGAACGCAGCAAUGCCACUGUGUCACGACGGCUGUCUGGGUGUGAGAAGAUCCAGCCGGUGGUAUCACGGAGUAGUUUAGCUACCAUCCCGGCCGGAGUGACCCGAGAGGAAGAGAGUGGCCGUUCCCACAGCACAAAGAAAGGAGCAUUCCAUGAGAUCUUCAACCUACCUGAGAAUGAGAGACCUCUGCCCGUAUGUGAGAAUGGUUGGAGAUGCUGUCUGAUAAACAGAGAUAGGAAAAUUCCAACUGACUACAUUCGCAAUGGGAUGCUCUAUGUCACUGAGAACUACCUGUGUUUUGAGAGCUCCAGCUCAAGAUCAGGGUCUUCAAAGAAGAACAAAGUCAUCAAACUGGUGGACAUCACAGACAUCCAGAAGUACAAAGUUUUAUCAGUUCUGCCUGGGUCUGGAAUGGGCAUUUCUAUUGCCACUCCGUCAACACAGAAGCCACUGGUCUUUGGUGCCAUGAUACACAGAGACGAGGCCUUUGAGACAAUUUUUACCCAGUACAUGAAGAUCAUGACCACAGCCAACCCUGAGACGUAACUCACCGUUUAUCCUUCUGGAGGAUAUCUCAUUUGGAGACCAGUGUUUCCUGUCUAAUGAACUUUAAAUGACUGUAAUUUGUACGAUUGUGGGCAUCUGAUAUGACUAGCAGGAGAUUCGGUGAGCUGACAUUCCAGCGAGGGUUUCUGCAUCUCAAAGCAGAGACUUUUCCAACCUGAGGGAUGCGGGUGGCCUCUCGUCAUGUGACAGUGACCUUUUUGGCUUUUUAAAGAAAAGCACACUAAUCGGUGUACAGAUUUGUGUUUUGUACUCGUCUCUCAGUGAUUCAGAUUUCAUCUCUGGUUUUAUCCAGGAAGAUGUUACAGGAAGGUUUUGUUAAGGAAGCCGAUCACACAGUACGGUCUUUUAACAUUUUAGACACUGCAUAAAAAAGUCUUAAUCAGUAUUUUUGUUUAAAAGACAAUUUACCACACUUUGUUAGGUUAAACAAAUCAAAAGAUAAGAUAUGUUUCUCUGAAACCAAGUAAUUUCCUUCUCAAUUAAAUUUGCCUAAUUUUGAUAUUUUAUACUGGAAAAUAAGACAAAAAUACUGAUUAAUAUGAAAUGUAAUUUUGCAGUAAUUGCAUUAUAAGGCGUGUUCACACUUAUAGUGUUUUGCAGCGACAAAUUGACAGGAAGUUAAUAAUUUUUAAUCAGAUUUUGAGCAAUUUGAGGCAACAUAAAGUUAUAGUUCAAAUUUAAUAAUUUGUACUAGUAGUCAGCUGGGGGAAAAAAAACCCAGAAAAAAAACCCUACUUUUUUUUUUUAUUAUUAUUUAUUCAGGUCCGUUAUAAAGUUAAACUCUGUCAUUUUGCAGCGGUCACUGUUCGAGUUGCCAGAAAUCGAAAACUUUCAGUGAAAAUGAAUGUAAAUGAACUUUGUCACUGCAAAUCACUAUCAGUGCAAAUGACCUUUAAGACUGAUAAACAAAGCCUUUUUUUAGCGUGUUUACAUUGUUGCUGUGUGCGCAAAACACACUUAAAACUCACUUAAAUCUCUCCUCUCAGCGAAGUGUGCUUCAUGUGUUUUUAGCAGAAUAUCUUCCCAAAUUGAACUUUGGGAAAGUGUCGUUUCAAAUGAUUUAAAAUGCCUUUCUUCUAAAUUGUAAUGUCAUAAUGCCGUAGCAGUCAGCAGAUUCAUUUCUCAUUUAUUGAUUUGCUUAUCUUUGAUUACGCUAAUUAGAUAUGAAGGGUGUGAAACUCAGAAACGAACAUUUGGUUGCACUUUAUUUUGCAGUAGUUUACUUAUAUUUGUGUACUUACACAAGAAAGUACUGAAUAAUAUAAGGUAACUACUUGGACUUAAUAUGGGUUAAAUUUAGGUUUAGGGUUAGUACCUAGUUACUUAUAGUAAGGACAUAGUACAUACAUGCACAGUAGAACUGUAAAAUAAAGUGCUACUGAACAUUUUUACCAAGUAUUUCAUGUAUGUAUGGCUUACAGACGAGCAGCAGUUACUUGUUAAUGUUUUGUCACGUUAAACUGUUACUAAAUGAAGUUAAAUUCAGUACAGAAAGUCUUCAUUCACGCAUUCACAAAGCGACAAUCUUUACGCUAUUUAGAGCAAUCUUUGGUUGAAUCUCACUGAGAAAUAUCCAGAUCAUAUUUGACCACAAAAUCGAAAGAAUGCAUAGUUACGACAAU